CGAGAACUCACUUGCAGUCUGCGCAUCACGUCUCACAGGACUCUGUCUCUCUCUGUCUUCGCCAACACCCUAUAGCACUUCUCCAAGACGCUCAGAUAUGGAUAUCGACGGUCCCAUCGCCAUACAGCCGGCGCAGCAGUAUGCAGCAACCAUCCUGUGUUGCAAUUGCGGCGCGCCCAUAGAUGGCACACAAUCCGCAGGUGCAUUAUGUUUCGACUGCGUUAAACUCACCGUCGACGUCUCCGAAGGCAUUCAACGCGAAGCUACUCUUCUCACAUGCCGCGACUGCGAUAGGUGGUUGUCACCCCCGCAGCAAUGGCUUGUAGCUCAACCCGAGUCAAAAGAGAUGCUUGCGCUGUGUUUGAGGAAACUAAGAGGUCUGAACAAAGUCAGGAUUAUCGAUGCAAGUUUUAUCUGGACAGAGCCCCAUUCAAGGAGAGUGAAGGUCAAGAUCACGAUUCAGCAAGAGGCGUUUCAGAACACGAUCAUACAGCAGUCAUUCGAGGUGGAAUAUAUUGUGGCAAAUCAGCAAUGCCCAGAUUGCGCAAAGUCAUUCACACACAACACAUGGAGAGCAGUUGUUCAAGUUCGGCAGAAAGUUCCACACAAGAGAACGUUCCUGUACCUUGAACAGCUCAUCCUCAAGCACGGCGCGCACCAGAACACGAUAAACAUCAAGGAAGUUCACGACGGUAUAGAUUUCUACUAUGGCCAACGGAACCACGCCGACCGCUUUGUUGACUUUCUCAAAUCUGUUGUUCCCGUCAACGUCCGUAAAUCGCAAGAACUAAUCUCCAUGGACAUUCACACGUCCACGAAAUCGUACAAGUUCUCCUUUUCCUGUGAACUGAUUCCGAUCUGUAAAGACGACCUUGUUGCACUUCCCAUCAAGUUAGCCAAGUCUGUCGGCAACAUUUCACCACUUUGUCUCUGCUACAAAGUUGGUACAUUCAUCAACGUACUGGACCCAUCUACACUACAAACAAGCGAGAUUUCAACCAACAUCUACUGGCGUGAGCCGUUCAAAUCACUUGCUGACUCGCAAGAGCUUGUUGAAUUCAUUGUGCUCGAUAUCGAGCCGCUAGGCAAACACAACGGACGGUACACACUGGCAGAAGCGACGGUGGUGCGGGCGGAUGAUAUGGCUGGUGGCAGCCAAGAGUAUUUCGUCAAGACACACCUUGGGGCGAUUGUACACCCGGGUGAUUCUGUGAUGGGAUAUCAUCUGACGAACACGAAUUUCAACAGCGAGCUUUACGACGCGCUUGAAGGCAAUUCAACGUACGCAAACAACCUUCCGGAUGUUGUGCUAGUUAAGAAGCUCUACGCGCGCAAGAAGAAGAACAAGGCACGUACGUGGAGGGUUAAGCGCAUGGCGAAGGAAGAAGGCGAGAUGUUGCCGCGCAAGCAAGAUCAAGAUCGGAUCGAGCGCGACUUUGAGAUGUUCUUGCGCGACGUGGAGGAAGACUCGGAGCUGCGAGCGGGCCUUGCGCUGUACAAGGCGCAGCAGAAGGAGCAACAAAAGAUGGAAGGCAUACAGGAGGCUAUGGACGAAGACGAGAGUAGUGAGGACGAGGGUCUGCAUAUACCCAUGGACCAACUGCUUGACGAAUUUGAGGACAUGACGAUGCAAGAAGAUGAAUAGGCGCGACGUAGGGUUUCUUGAUACCAAAAGCAUAAGUGUUGGCGUUGCGGAUAGGGAAAAUUCGAAGGUAGGAAGAAAAGGGUAUGUGCAUAUCUCAUAGUUGAGUAUCGAUCGGCGCGUACCGAUCAAUAAAAAUUACCAAUGACCAUUUUAG